UACAAAUCGGGAUUGGUUGACUGUUCUCCCGUAAGCCCCACCUACCAGGUGGUCGUACGAAAGUGUAGUUGUGUAGUUCCUUACGGCGAAACGACGGGCGCUGCGCUCUCUCCUCACGUAUCCAAUCGCGAGAAAAUCUGAAAUGAGACGUAUCGGUGCGCUAAUAUGUGACGGUUGAGAGAAAACGAGGACCAGGAACGUGUGAGAGGGUGGUUUACGCGCGGGUGCUACCACUUUCGAAGCGUGACGAGAAAACGAACCGCGUUAAAGAAGUGGCAAAGGUGGAGAGCGUGAAAAAAGAUACGCGUCGAGAAACGAGAGAAAAUACGCGUGUGUGCCAGAGCUACGGUGCGAGAGAAUCCUCUAAUUCGGGGGGGGGUUGUAUGUCUUUCUCUCUCUCUGUCUCUUUUCCUCUUUCUGUGUCUCUCUACCUUCAGUUUUUUCCUCUUUCUUUCUGUUUCUCUCCGUCUUUACUCGAUUUACACAGAGUGAAAGUAUCGUUGCGGCAAGUGUUUUCUCACCGCAUAGUAUGCGCCGUUUUGUAUCGCGGGCUAACAAGUAAAGGUAAAAAAGUGCUUCGUUUAACCAACAAGGACGUCAGCUGUGUGCGCUUUUACGAGGGGGACGUGUGCGAGAGAGAACCCACUGUUGAGAGACAGAGAAAUGGCGGCGCUGGUGGCAGGUGUCCAGUAUGGUUUGUCGUCGCACAGUAAUUUUCACGAAAACAAGUCCCUAAUCUUCGUGAAACUCACCGACUCGGCGCAACGUGCCAUCGAGGACUUCCUCAGAAAUCGGAACAAGACCAGCCAGAACCCUACUAUACAGUUCCUAGGAAACGAAGGGCAACUCUCCUUUCCAUCCACGCAAUCCAGCCAUGGAUCGGCAGGCUUUACGUUCAGCCUUUCCGGCAAUCAAGACAUCGAGGGUCCUCAGGGCGGCUUCGAAUGCAUCCAACAGACCGGCCCUAAAAGCCUGGAGAGCCUUGGCGCAUUGCCGUGUAAAAUGCGGAUACAGGCGAACGACGAUGUGUACGAGACAACCAGGCAUCGGAUGGCCGUCGCCGAGGAGAAUAACAAGAACAAAUGCACCAGGGUUAUCAAGCCGAACGGGCCGGACAUCGGGCGCAAGGUGAAGGUGAAAGUAACCGGAAGGACCAUACCGUCACCGUCGAAUUCGAGGCAUCGGGAAUCAACGAGCAUUCCAACUUCCGGCAGUCAGCCCAGACUGUCUUCCUCUUACAAGCCGGCGGUGAACAAUCCGCCACCAGCUAGGAGCCAACCGGAGAAAAAGGUUUCCGACAUCAUGCGUAGGCCGCUGAAGGAGAGGCUGAUCCAUCUCCUUGCUUUGAGGCCAUACAAAAAGCCAGAACUGUAUGAUCGCAUAAACAGAGAGGGCAUCAAGGAUCGAGAACGUAACGUCAUGACGGUGAUUCUAAAGCAGGUAGCGUUCAUGAGGGACAAUACGUAUCAUCUGCACAGGUACGUCUGGAACGAUGUGCAAGAAGACUGGCCUUAUUAUACCGAACAGGAGAAGGCGAUGCUGAAGAGAAGAAAACCUCAGAAUCUUACUCCUCCUGGUUCUAGUGACGGUGGAUCCAGCGGCAGCGGGCAAUCACCGAAUUCCACUCACCCAGGCUCACCCCCUGCGAUCACGGCGCCGCCUCCUUCUUUGCUGAGCAGCAAGCGGCCAGGUUAUUAUCAGGGUAACGACGGACUGCCGACGAAGAGACCGCGGAUAUCCCAUUAUAAGAAGCCGGAGCCAAAUUCUGGUUCGUCGAAUGCCGGGGAGAACGGAAGGACGGCUGGUAGUGUUGGUAGUAAUAAUAAUAACAGUGUUAGUAGUGUGGUAUCCGGUGGAACCGGUGGUAGUAGUGCUAGUGGUGGCAGUGGUGGUAGCAGCGGUGGUGUGGUUGACGGCUGGGACCAGAGGCAGCAUCAGCGUGAUCGCCGUGGCGAUUACCGACCCGAAAGAACAGCGAACAGUGAUGUGCUACGGGGCAGCAGCUACGGCAACGGUGGAAAACCGUGCUUGACGCCCACCAGUGACAGUGAAGAGAUCAGCCAAACGGGUCAUCGCGACGGGAUCGUCGCGAGCACCGGUAGUAACAUCGGGAACAACGGAACCAGCAACACGGCCACCGGCCAUAAUUCUCAUAGUAGUGUAGCCCAUAGUAAUUCAUUGACCGGCAGCCGUCAUCAUCAUAACACUGGGAAGACGGCGAUGCUCGGUAACGAUGGGAGUAAUAGCAGUGGCACAGGUGUGGAUUACGUGGCGCGUUCGAUGCCGAGUGCCGUGAGUGAGGGUGGUAGUGCAGGUAGUUACAGUGGUAGUUCGAACGGAGUACUAGCCGACAGGAGAGAUAGGAGCGAUAGGAACGAGAGGAACGACAGGAGUCGCGGCGGCGAUAGGGAUCGUGAGUCGAGGAAGAGAAACAGCGGAACUGGAGCCAAUUCGUACAACGACCUUACCGCUUCCGACUUCGCCGCCAACGGAGACAGCACCGUCACCACGUCGACCUGUCUCGAGUUGCCGGAGAGUCCUAAAUCAUCGGAGUACCCGGACUACCUCACAUACUACACGACAAUAAGCAGCGCAGAACAGAGAAGACGUUACAAGGCGGAAUUCAAUGCGGAUUACGAGGAAUAUCGAAGGUUGCAUGCUCAAGUGGCAAAGGUAUCUAAACGGUUUACGCAGCUUCAGGACCGCUUGAAACAGGAAGAAGCCUCUGGAAACUGGGCCGAAUAUGAGGAAAUCAGGCGGCAAAUUCUGCAGGAGUAUAACGAAACGAAACGGGAUCCUGUACAUAAGGAGACGAAACGUCGGUUUCACUAUCUACACGAGAAGCUGAGCCACAUCAAACGGCUGGUAUUAGAGUACGAUACGCAGAACUGUGGCGGUAGCAUGAUGACGACAGGCAGCAGCAACGCCGAUAGUAGCAACGAAAUGAAGGAGAUGGACAGUUUGCACUACUGACACAAACUGAAAAGGCCGCCUCUUAUCCUCUACCUUUUCUCGGUUGUCGGUACGCUACUGUCUCCGUUGUCGCAGAAUUUGCAUUUUCUCGGCAUGUUCCAAGGCUGAUCAUUUAAACGGUCCAUAUGGUUCCUGGGUUCUAUCGCCGAAAAAAAAAAAAAAUGAAACAAAGUCAAGUACUCUCUGAGCCGGGGUUGCAAGAACGAUACAUAGGAAUUUCACACAUCACAGAGCAGAAAAUCUUCAUGCUGUUGUUGUAAGAAGAAAAAGAAGAAGAAGAAGAAGAAACAAACAAAAUCUGCGAAAGUCGAAGAUUUCAACUUCUGUAACAAGACUUGUGCGCGCCAACUGUGAUUGAUCUCUUCGACUUGCGCCGUUGUGUGUGAUCAUCGCGAGCGUGGUAUCGCUCGCGUGCUACUUCGACCAAUUGGGGUUAACCACACUGAUGAAGGGGCUUUUUUUUAACGACAAUCGGUACGUUUUGAAGGGAAGAAGAAAGGAAACGAAAGAGAGAUGAAGAGGAAGGAGAAGAAGAGAAAGAAAAAGAAG